UAUGUACAAUAGACCACAGUGUAUAAAAUGAACGACGGACGCAGUUGACAUCGGGACAGAUUGCUACACGUCCAAGUUUUCCCCACUACUCCGCUGCCACUGUUGGUUCCUAUGACUGGGUGGUGCACUCGCCGAUGUUACGGGGAAUGGGUAUACCAAACGUUUUUCUUUCGGACGAUGUUCGGAUUGUUCAGAAUUAUUCCCGUUCGUCUUGAUAAUUAUUAUUUAUUGUUUUAUUACACAUUCUGGUAAUUUUACAAUUUUUUUUGGUUUAUUUUUCUGAAGAAAAAAAUUUUGAAAAAAAUUACUUUAUCCCGUAGUUUACGUAUGAAUCAGUGAGCAGUUAUCAGAAUCAAAUUGCACUUGCAAAUAAUAUGAUAGUAUGAAAAUUGCGGAGAAGUAUAUUAUACCGAAUAAAUGUUAUUAACACGGUACACUAGCGUUUUGCGUUUUACAGUUUAAUGACCUUAUUGAUAUCUAUUUUCAAUUUGUUUUUUUUUUAUGAUAACUAUGUUCUAUUAUUUUUUUUUGUUUUUCUAAUAUUUACCGUGGUGUGUAUCGAGUUUUGAGUAUAGAGUAGUCAUUAAUUACUUAUCCCCGCAUUAUUCUUAUCGCUGAAAUUAUCAUUUUAAUAGAGGGUUUUUCUUAAUUUUUUUGUUUGUUUCAUCUUAUAUUAACUAUUGAUUGUUAUUUCGUGAUUGGAGUGACAUCGAAGAAGCAUCAAAUCACUAAAAACCGAAAAAGCUGGUUUCUACCUUCUGUAUUGAUAGGGUUAUGGUAGAUUACAAUAUUUUGUCAGGUUAUUCUCAAACCAGACAUUUUUGAGAAUAUCAAUGCGGCCCACAACUGAGGACAAUAUGAACUCAUUAGCACCACAACAAUAUUGUUUACGGUGGAAGUAUCAUCAUUCAAAUUUACAAGCAAUGUUUUCCCAACUUUUAGAACGAGAGAGUUAUUGUGAUGUUACAUUGGCUUGUGAGGGAAAAACCCUUAGAGCUCAUAAGGUUAUGCUUUCUGCUUGUAGUACUUAUUUUGAUACUAUAUUAUCACAACAUGAUGAGAAUAAAGCAAUAGUUAUUCUCAAAGAUGUUAAGUUCUCUGAUAUUCAAGCCCUAGUCAGUUUUAUGUACAAAGGAGAAAUUAAUGUUGAAAAUACUGAGCUUUCUUCUUUAUUAAAAACUGCAGAAGAACUUAAGAUUAAAGGCUUAGCUGAAGUAUCAUGGAGAUCAGAUCAAGAACAGCAAAAUCAAAGUUUUAAUGUAACUGCUGAUGAGACAAAUAUCAGCAAGAAGAGAAAAUUAGAUUCAACAUUAACAACUACUACUAAUAUAAAAAAAGAAUUUCCAGAAAAACACCAAGAAAAUGAUGAUAUAGAUGUAGCAGAUGUAGAAGAUGAAUCUGAACCCGACCAGUCCAUCUGGGAACCAGAAAUGCAACAUGUUGUUGAUACUGACAAUGUAGAGCUACCUAAACCAACAACUGGUGCAGUUAAUGUAACAACUUUUUCAUCUGAAGAAGAAAGAGCAAGUAGUGUCACCAAUGUUAGUCAAGGAUUCAGUGAACAACCAGCACAUGUUCCGGAUUUAAGCCAAUUUUCUGAUGUAAUGAAAAUGAAUGACUAUCUAGAAUCAGGUGGACGCCGCCCACAAUUUUGGGAAGAACCUUUUACUAAAAGACUUAUGGAAGCAAUAAAAAAUAAAGAACUAGAAAUGAAAGUGGCUGCAGAGUUAAUGGGAGUCUCUUAUGGAACCCUUUAUGGUAGAUAUCGAGAUGCUUAUGGUUGUUUGAAACAUCCGUACAGAGUUCGAGAUUUUUGGUUGGAACAAGGUCCAGCCGACGUAUUGGCUAAGUUGCAAAGAAAAGAAUUAACUCUAUUCCGAGCAGCAGAAAUAUUAAAUGUCACAGUAACCACAUUGGCGAACUACUUGUCAACAAUGAGACAAGGAGAUAAUUCACUUACUGUAGCCAAUGCUACUGCAAGUGCUACUGAUAAAUCAACAUUUAGAGUAGAUGUUUUAUCUGAAAGUGAUAGAGAAGAAGGUUCUGAUGAAGAUGAAGAUGACAAUGAUGAAAUUGAUAAUAUUAUUACAAGUAGUACCACUCAAUCUCAACAAAAUAAACCAGACAUCACAUUUGUAACAUCGCCAGGUUCAAUAUCUAAAGUGAACAAUUUAAAUGGUAACUAGCGCUACACCUAGUUAUCUGAAUGGUUAGGCAGUAGAAAUCCUUAAACUUGUUCUAAAUUAUAAUUAUAACGGCGGUUCUAUUGGCAACAAUUUUUUCUUUAUUUUUGUUUUUGUUUUGUUUU